GCUCGGACUUCCCCUGCCGGCCCGGCGAGGCAGCGCGGCGCGCUCCCGCCCAGCCCAAAGCCCGCGCCGCGGCCGCCCCGCCGCUCGCAGAGGCCGCCAUGGGCACCGCGCGCUGGCUCGCGCUGGGCAGCCUCCUGGCCCUGGCCUGGCUGCUAGAAGGCCGGCUUGUGGGCGACGGGGAAGCCGGCUUUGGGGAAUGCGACAAGUUCUUCUACGCCGAGACCCCUCCUGCGGGGCUGGCGACCGCCUCCCACGUGAAGAUCUGUCAGCGCUUCGAGGGCGCCGCGCGCUUCGCCACCCUGUACAGCCCCGGGGACCGCAUCCCGCUGUUCUCCGCGUUCCGCGCCGCGCGCGCCCCGUCCCGCCGCGCCGAGCAGCGCUGGCUGGUGGAGCCGCAGAUCGAUGACCCCAACAGCAGCUUUGUGGAGGUGAUUAAUGAAGCUGAGGCCAUCGCCUCCAUGAACAAUCUGGGAAGCAAACAAGCCUUGAAUACAGAUUACCUUGAUUCAGACUAUCAAAGAGGACAGCUGUACCCGCUCCCCCUUAACAACGAUCCCCAGAUGGCCGCAUUUGCUCUCACAAAUUCAGCUCCAAUGACCCAGUCCUUCCAGGAGCGGUGGUAUAUGAAUCUGAACAGCCUAAUGGACAGGGCCUUGGUUCCUCACUGUGGCGAUGGGGAAGAUCUGUAUCUACUCACUGGCGCAGUGCCUUCAGACCACAGAGUUAAAGACAGAGUGACAGUGCCUGAGUUUGUGUGGCUUGCGGCCUGUUGCGCUGUCCCGGGAGGAGGCUGGGCCAUGGGCUUUGUCAAGCAUACGCAGGACAGUGACAUCAUAGAAGACGUGAUGGUGAAAGACCUGGAGAAACUGCUGCCAUCGAACCCUCAGCUGUUUCACAACAACUGUGGGGAGACCGAGCAAGACACAGAGAAAAUGAAAAAAAUCUUAGAAAUGGUCAACCAAGUCCAGGACGAGGAGCGAAAGGUGCAGUCCCAAGGGAGCUCUAUUCCCCUCUCCAGCACCCGGAGCAAGACAGAUGCCCUGUUGGCUCCAGAGCCACCUGAGGAAAGUAGCAGCUUUCUGGGGAAAUUCCUGGGUUUCAUCGCUACCCCUUUCAUCAAACUUCUCCAAUUAAUGUAUUACCUUGUGGUAGCUAUCCUGAAGAACAUUGGCUGUUUGCUGUGGUAUGUUACCAAGCAGGUGAUUAACAGCACAGGAAGCUCCCUUUACCAUCUGGGCUCUGCCACUGUUUCGUACUUCGCAGCCAUCGGAGAAGAGCUGGUGAGCAUACCCUGGAAGGUGCUCAAGGUCGUGGGGAAAAUCAUCAGGGCUGUUCUCCGGAUCCUUUGUUGUCUACUGAAAGCUGUUUGCCGCAUUCUGGGCAUCCCUGUCCGAGUCCUUCUGGAUGUGGCCACUUUCCCUGUGUACACCAUGGGAGCAAUCCCAGUUGUUUGUAAGGACAUUGCUGUCGGCCUGGGUGGCACCAUCUCUCUGAUCUUUGACACUGCUUUUGGCACUAUGGGUAGCCUAUUUCAGGUUGUUUUGAGUGUCUUCCAGCGGAUUGGCUACAAGGUUACUUUUGACAAUUCUGGAGAAUUAUAGAACUCAAAAACUAACAUUGUCACAGUGAAUUUGAUUUUUUAAUAGAGGAAGCUGGAAUAUUUUGUCUUUACCAUAGAUUUCUAUUCAUUGUCAGUCAUUAUUUUUUUGACUUGUGUUGAGGGUGUUUGUCUGUUUUUGCAAAGGAAGAUGAUAUAAUUUACCUUUGACAUAAAAUGCUCAGAAUGAGAUUUAGUAACCAGCUGUAUACUUGCAGUUAUAGGUGCAAACUUCCAAGCCACUAAUAACUUCAGUCAUUCACUCUGAUGUACAAAGUAAAACAACUGAAACAUUCUAGGGUUAACUUGUGAUCGGUAGAAAUUACAGCUGAAAGAAGAACUAGAAGGAGGAUUAUUUUCAAACUAAAGGGUUCCUGAGAAAAUGAGAAAGGAAUUUUGUUCUUCACAUUACUCUUUGAGAUUUAAGACAAAACAGAUCUAAAUAUCCUUGGCCAGUUCCUUAACCUUCACUUCUCUUUACCCCUAACUCAGGUGACCUUGGAUGAAGUGCAGAUGAUGCUUGUUUGUUGAAAUAACAUUAUUUUGGAAAUGGACUCUGCUAUAUCUCUUAACUUUCUGUGGUUCUCAAGGAUCUGUUGGGUUUUGAUUUUCUUCCAAAAUUGAAUUUUUGCUGUAUUUUUUCUUUUAGGUUAAUGAUAAGCAUUUUAUGCUUAAUGUGGCAUAACACAGUUUGAAUGCAAGUUUGAAUGGAGUAAAUAGUGCUCAUAGCUGUAAAGAGAAUGCAGGGUGACAGCCCUGCUCUUAGUAGGCACUGUAGAUCCAAAGACAUACGUAUUUAGCCAAGCCUGGAUUAACUUGACUUAAAUUGAAUCACUGGCUGAUAAUUGAGCUCAAAGAAUUACAUGUUAAGGGCAAUAUGAAAAUUCACAUUCUGCAACAUACAAGAUCUUUCUAAUGUAUCAAGUACCUAAUUUAGUAAAACGCUUUCCUUAAAUGAUUAUUUUGGUAUGACUAUGUAGGAAAAAGACAUAAAAUAAAAAAGUCUGGCUAUGUUAGCAAAAAGACGUGUAUCAAAUAUUUAAGAAUCAUUAUUUCUUAGCUUAUUUUUAGCUAUUUAGCUAUUUAGCUAUUAGCUUAUUUUUCUUGAGGCUAUGAAGCAUAUUUAUUAAUGAACGCUAAAUUGGAGAGCUAAUUCCCAAUUUUUUGAUCAAGCAUUUUCAAUUUAAAUUUUGCACUAAAAAUGAUAACAAGAGGAACAAAUUUUGCUUUGCCUUCCACAGCUAGGAUGGGAUCGUCUGAAUUUUUCUGCAGUUCUCUGAAGGGUUGCUGGGAAGUAGGAAGGGCCAUAAGGAGACUGAUCUUGGAGGCAUAAUCCACAAAGCAAAAAAUUGAGGGUCCAGAAAGGGAACAAAUAGAGAAUAAUGUGUUAACCAUUUCUUUGGGGAUGGAGGGUGAGAAACAUAAGUGUAAUGAGUUACACUUUGCAGAAAAAAAUUGUUGCUUUGCCCCAAAGUGGAAUAGCAGCCAACAUCCUGGCAUCCUGGUUACUGUGUGAUGCAUAUCUAGGGAUGUGAGCAUCAGACUUAUCUAGGCUGAUAAACUGAGUGCAUCAAUUUGCUCAAGGAUCCUAAGCCAUGUUUACUAAUACUUUUCUUUGAGUAAAUGAAGAAUGAGGGUUUGCUUUGGGUCCAGUGGGUCAAGAAAGCUGCUAGAUGAAAGAAAAGGAAUCUUAGAAGUGACCAGAGUGACAGUCUUGCCAUCCCACAGUUUAUGAAGAACCUGAGGUACAGGCAGGUGACAGGCUUGCUGUUGCUAGUCUCAUUGCCAGCUGGGAACCGAUCGGGAGCCAAUGCCCCCUGCCACACACCUGGGAUGUCAGAUAUGAAAGUGUGGGCUGCUGCUCUAGACCAUAAGCAGGAUGUUUUUCAUGUAUCAAACAGAUUCCACGUCCUGAAUAACCAAUCAGAAUUGGCAUGUGUAAUGAAAUCAUCAGCAUUCAUACAACAUGAUGCUUACUGAAUGGCAGUAAUCUCUUUCCCUCAGUAAUAUUUGUAUUCAUCAGGGCUCACAGAGGGUACCCAGUGCAGGUUGAGCCCCUAAGCAUUGUGCAAUGACCAAGGCAUCCAAACUGCUUUUCAAGAAUCAUUUGGAAAUAUCUUCUGUCUUACAUCCAGUUGUCUGGUGUCUGUUUAUUUAGUCUCGUGUGGUCUUUUUGGACAUCUGGGAAGGGAUAAUUAAACCAAAAACAUCCUUAAUGUUAGGUAGCUGAGAUCUCAUACUAUGCACAACAGUGUUGGUUGUGCCUCUGGCUCACUGGAACUGGCUGCGCUGGGCUGGAAGCCCCACCAGUCCUGGAUUACUGGUUUAUUUUCAGUGAGCUAUUUGGGUCCAUGAGGUAGAAUUUGGUUACUGAACCCCAUCUCUGGCUUGAAGAUUUUUCUGUGGUUCUGUGAUGUUCUCAGGCCCUAGCAGAAAUCAACCAACUCUUCUUUAUUUAUGGAGCUGAUUUUCUAGUCUGUGGACCAGCCAUGUCUGUGGUCUCCACCUUUCCAUUGUGCCUUUUGCAUGUCAGCUUUCCAUGCUCUCAGCAUCAGCACUUAUACCUAAGAGCAGGCUAGAGUUAGAAGGAGUAACUUGGGUGAAACACUCCUCAUUCAAUUGCUUCUUCAUCUGACAAACUUGCAUUUCUCAUCAAGGCUGCAGAGAUGAAAAAUACAUGGAUUCCAUCUUUAAGGAGUUCAAAUUAUGGUGGAGGAAUGCAUUGUCAAUUCGUAUUUGUCAUACAUCAUGGUAAGUGCUACAGUACAAGUACUAACAGCACACUCUCUGGAGCACGAUGGUAAUGAUGAGCAAAACCAUGGAGCUUAAGGAAGCCUGAACAGAAUAGAACAAAAGUAAUUUGUCAUUUUCAAGCUAUAUACAAUGCUGUGUACCUUGCAGAUGCCCAAUAAAGUAAUUAUUGACAACUUGUUAGCAGUUCUGUAAAAUACCUAAAAGGCGAGAAUCCAAACGGUUGAAAUGAGAUUUGGGGAAGUAUCUGUGAUUUUUUUCAUUUUCUUCUUGAUACACAUUAAAUCAAACAAUUUCCAGUCCCA